AUGGCGGACCACGGCGGCGCGGGCGGCUGCUCCUGUGGGGCCAGGAGCAACUGGGCAUUUCGGGUUGCCUGCCGCGCGGGCGGCGCCGAGCGGCCGCCGCGGGCGAAGCCGCGCUCCGCCUCGGCUUCGGCACGCGGGCCUCGCGGCGGCGCCGCGGCUGGCACCGGCAAGGAGAUCAAGGCCCUGCGGCGCGAGCUCGACUGCCUCAAGAAGGAGAACAAGGCGCUACAGCGCUCGGCCUCGAGGGGCGCCCCAAAGGCGGCGGGCGCCGCUGGCGCGGAGGAGGCGCGCGGCAGUGACAGGGCGGCGAAGCUACGGGGCCUCAUCGCGAAGGUGGAAGCCCUGGGCAGCUCGGACGAGGCCAUGGCGUCGCUCCGCGCGUCCCACCGCAGCAGGAAGGCCCGACUUGAGGAAGAGCUGCGCCAGGCCAAGCCGCCGCACGAGCAGCCGCGGGCGAUCGACGCCAAGCUUGGCGAGCUGGACAAACGCAGCGUGGCGAAGCAGGAGCAGGUGGCCAAGCGGAAGGAGGCCCUCGCCAACGCCGAGGAGCUCGAGGCGGCGCUGGCCGAGCGCGCCGCCCUCAGCGCAGAGCGCGCCACGGUCGCGGAGACCCACCUGGCGGAGCUUUGGACCAAAGCCGCCACGCCAGCCGAGCGAGGGCGGCUCCUCCUGGACUCCCUCGGCAACUCUAAGGCCGCGGUGGCCGAGCGGCGCAGGAGGCGGCACAGCGCGGGGCCCGCCGGGGCCCUUGCCAGCCAGGACAAGGCAGUUGCAGCGGACGCGGCGAUGGACGACGCGCUGGAAUCGGCCCUGGCUGCGGAUCUGGCGGGUCCUGAUGAUGGCGGCGACCGCUCUGCAUCGGGCUUCAGCCGCAAGAAGAUCCGCAGCGCCAUCGCAGCAGCCCGCGCCAGGGCAGGAGGCGGCCGCCGCAGUGGCACGGGCGGAGUCAUCGAGAAGAAGCGACAGCGGCACAAGCACACGUUCGAGAUCACGGCGGUCAACGGGCCUGGCCGGGGCCCGCUCGCCCAGCCCUGGCAGGAGGAGGAGGCUGGCGCCGGGUUCGUGGAGAGCCACCGCGCGGACGCGUGGCUCGCCCCGGAGACGCACCUCCACGCGCGCGGCAUCAGCGCACAGGAGGCGCGGCGCAGGCGCGCGGGGGUGAAGGCCGUCCUGGCGCCUGGCGCGGCCGGCAGCGGCGGCGCUGGAGGCGCCCGCGCGGCCUCGGGCAGCGCGGGGGUCGCCGCCCCCGCCACGCGCGGCCUGGCCAACGCCAGCACGGCGGGCGGCAGCCGCGUGACCUGCAGCGACGGGCGCGGCAUCGUCGCGGUGACGGACGCGGUCUGCCGCGGCGGCCUCGCCUUCGACAGCAUCUACCUCGCCGACGACAUCGAUAUCGGCGACGUGCUGGUGUCACCAGGCAGGCCGCGGGCCCCCGGCGGCGACUCCAACGUCGCGCCUGACGUCUUCAAGGCGAAGGCGGGCUGGUGGCUGGAGGCGGCGCGGGGCGUCAUCGCGCAGUCGGCCGAAGGCGAGACCUGGUUCCAGGCGGAGCACUCGCCCCACAGCGCCGUCAAGCCCGCGCUGAACGCGCGCAUGGUGAUAGCGCCCGUGCGGGUCCUGAGGCAGCCGAAGGCCAUCCCGAGGGAGCCGCCCAUCGGCCCGCGGCGCGAGGCCGCCGCCCCGUCGGCCGACCUGCAGGCGCUGGCGGCCUCGGCGGCCUCCUCCCCAGCAGCGUUGAAAGCGGCCUACCUCGGGGCCAUGCGCCAGGCCGAGGCAGAGAUGUGCUGCGCCUACCACGUCGACGACCUGCUGGAGGCGCAGGCGCACUGCGGGCGCGGCCAGGGGCCCGAGGAGCACUGGGCGCGCCCGCCGUCCGACCACCCGCAGAUCUCGGGCGGCCCCGAGUCGAGCGGGCAGGCGCGGCACCUCCUCGCCGCGGCCGACUACCUGGACGACGCCGCCGCGCAGCGGCGAACGCAGCGGCGCGUGCCCGCGCGGGCGGCCAGGUGCUGCGGCGCCCGCUGGGUAGCCGCGCCGGCGGCCGCGGCCGUCGCGACCGCCGACGCCCCGGCGGCGCUGGUCACCGAAGCUCGAGCGGGGGCCGACGCGCCGGCUGCUGAGCACAGCCGCCGCCGCCACGAGCGCUCAAACAGGCGGGCGCUGGAGGCGCUGGAGCACGGCGCAGGCGGGCUCCACGCACGGCGGCGCGGCCCGCGCGGCCGGCAGGAGGACGAGCUGGACAUGCCAGGCGCCCCGCGAGCGGGCCAGCGCGAGGUGGGCGCCGUCGACAGGCACUGGGCGCGCGAGGUCUGGAGCUUGGCCGACGGCCCGGACGGGCGGCAAGACUUCGAGCGGCAGGCGGGCUCCGACGCGCCGCCCAGGCCGACGGCGGCCGAGUGGCUGGACGCCGCCAAGUCGUUCGCGAGGCGCACGGGCAUGGGCGUCGACCGCGUCACGCCCCGCGCCUUCGCCCAGGCGUCCGCGGCCACGGCCAAGCUCCUCGUGGACUUCGGCAAGGUGGCCGAGGAGUGGGGCGGCUGGCCGCCGGCGGCGCGGGCGUCGCUCAUCGCGACGCUGCCCGAGCUCACGGGUGGCUGGCGGUCCAUCGGGCUGCUCUCCAGCAUCCCGCGGAUCUGGAACAAGCUCAGGCAGGCCAAGGCGCGGUGCUGGGAGGCCCCCCUCCGCGGCCGCGGCGCCGGCGUCUUCCGGGGCGGACCAAGGCGCUCGGCCCGGGGGCCCGCGCGGCGCCAGGCGCUGGCGGCCGAGGCGGCGGGGGCACAGCAGCUCCACGGAGCCGCGCUGCUGAUCGACCUAGAGAAGGCACACGAGACGGCGCUGCUGGCCCGCGCCGAGCGCCUGGCCCGCCGAGCUGGCCUGCACAGCCGACUGGCCCGCUGCGCCACAUCGACUCACCGCGGGCGCCGACGAAUGCGCGCGGGCACCAUCGUGGCCGGGGCGCGCACACUGGACGCGGGCCUGCUGGCUGGCUGCCCGCGCGCGGGAAGGGCCGUGAAGGCGGCGAUGCUACCGACGACGAGGGCGCACUCCGAGGAGUGCGGCGCCUGCAGCAGCGGCGAGCUGAAGUCCGACACGCACAUAUCCUACGACGACGCGACCGCGGCCAGCCACGGGCGCGCCCCGCGGGCAAUCGCGAAGCACUUGGCGGAGGCAGGGCUCGCGGCGGCAGCGGGUCUGACCGCGCUCGGCUGCAGAAUCUCGGGGGCCAAGACGGAGGCAGCGGCAACCGACCCGCUGACGCGCGACGAGGUCCAGGCGGCGCUGAAGGCCAGCGCCCCGAGCGCCAAGCCAACGAAGGCCACGAAGGACCCGGGCGCGGAUUUCUGCUCGGACGGCUCGGCCGCGGCGGGGGCGGCGAGGAAGCGGCGCGCCAGGGCCUGCGAGCAGCUCCGGCGGGUGGCGGGCGCGCGACGCCAGCCCAUCUGCGCGGCCACGCGCCUGCUCGCGGGCGCCCCCCCCCCCCCGACGACGGCCCACGGCUGCAGCUCCCAGGCCUGGAACGCGAGCGAGCUCGAGCAAUGGCGGUCGGCGGCCGGGUUCCUCGCAUUCGGCGGCGCGCGGGGCCGCUCGCUGCAGGUGGGUUUCGCGCUAGCCGCCGCGCCCUG